AAUAAACUAAACGUAACACCUAAAUCGAAGUGAACAGUGGUGCCUUUAAUCCUUAUAAUACAGAUAAACACAAAUUAGAUAAAAUUUAUAAUACUUUUAAUGUAGCUGAACUCAAAUUAGAUAAAAUUAAUAAUUUGGCUAAAAUGUUUGCUAAUUUCCCAUUCAAGUUUACAUCUCUUAUAAUUUUAUCAGUGAUUGUAGAAAUAAUACCAAUACAAAUGCAAAUGCCUAAUGGAGAAGAGUACAAGAGGAAUAGUGUUGAUGGAUCGCAGUUAAAUGAUUGUUUAAGUGUAACUGAACGUUCGGAAAUGGGUGUGUGUUUUGGAAAGGAACUGUUGAAUAGAUUGAACGAUUAUGAUGAAACGGAUUCAUUCAGUUUGGCGACCGGUGUGUCUUUUGUGCGAGAUGAGAAAUUGCCGAGGGACAUUGGCAGCUUCUUGGACAAGGAUCCUAUGGAUUUUCGGUCAAUAAUUGAAGAUGCUAGUGGUCUGAUUUCGAAAAGAUCGCUUCGAUGGGACCUUGGGAGGUUCUACCCUGGUUUGGUUAUGCGGAUCGGCCCGACGCUCGCCAAUGGAGUCUUGGAGUUUGUAAUUGAUCCGAGAGCGAAAGAUAGAUCAUUUCAGCAUGGAAAGUUGACGACGGGUCGCCUUUUAACCCGUAAUUUGCUGUUACCAUUCCUUCUGGGCAUCAAGUUUCAAAUGGCUACCUUAUUGCCACUAUUGCUCGGCCUACUUCUAUUGGCUAGCAAGAAGGCUUUCUUGUUAGCAAAGCUGGCUUUAUUCGCUGUGACGAUAUUCGCUAGUCGAGGGACAAAUUACGGCGAGACGAAUUUUUUCGAAAAUCUACUGGGACCUUCGUCUCACUCGUCGCACGAACACAGCGGGCAUCACCACCACCACAGUUCUGGAGGUUACUAUGGCGACCACAGACAUUAUCCCCAUCAUAGUGACCAUGGACACAGCCAUCAUGAACAUGAUCAUAGUCAUGAUCAUGGUCAUAGCGAUCAUGGUGAAUGGAGCGAGCACAGCGACCGUGGUGACUACCACUAUUACAAAGAAAAAUCCGACAAAACUGAACCAACUUUAGCACCCAUUACACCUGACGAGUUAAGAGACAGACUAGAAAGACUAUUUGUAACGAAGAAAGAUAAAAAUGAUCCGAGAGAAGAACCUAAGAUGAUAAACGCGAGGAAUUAUCCAUGGACACCCAUAAGUGGUGGGUGACUACGGAUAAUUAAAGAAAAACAUAAUUUUUCAAACAUUGGAUAAUCUAUUAAUUAAUUAACAGCUAUGACAUAAACUUUCAAUUUAAUUUUAAAUUCUAAUCAAUUUAAUUCAUGGAAUUAGAGCCUGCGACAGUCAGACAUGCCUCAUUUUAUGAAAAAAAAAGCGAAAAUAUUCCGUUCGCGUGAAAUUCCGCUUGUCACAUAUACCACGGCAACCGUCGUUUUUUCAGGGAUAAAUAGUAGCCUAUGUGUUAAAUCCUGAGUAAAAUCUUCUUCCAUUCUAAAUUUUAGUUAAAUAGGCUUACACGUAUUGUAUCAAACAAAUUAACAUAGUUACACAUUUAGACACAAACUUUCGCCUUUAUAAUAUUAGUGUGAUAAAAGUUUGUCAGCUGCUCCUAACAUAAAUUUAUGUUUAGACUGUAGUAGCGUCGGAAAGUAGCAGGUUUUAAGGGUCUAGACUUUCAAUCGAAAAUGUAUGGAGUAUAUUUUUUUUAUUUUUCUCCGAAUAAUCUAGGGAAUAAUGUCCCUAAUCCUUAGUCUCUUAGUUUCGCGACAACCCAUCGAAAAACACCGUUAGAUUUCAACAUUUUCUAGGGUAUCUAAUGCCCUUCAUUAGAUACCCUAGAAAAUGUUGUCACGAAACUAUAGGUCUAAACUGAAGAUAUUAUUCCUCAUAAUAAAAAAAUCUCUCGUAGAAAAUAUUAAAUUACGGACAAUAGAGGAUCUAGACCUGCAAAACCUGUGCUACAUUCCAAAACCACCACUUUUCAAACACCAUAAUUGGAUACGGUACUUACGUAUAGACGGAGCAUGGGCUGACUUUUCAUUUUCAUGAUCCUGAUUUAGCGUUCCGGUACGAUGUCAUGUGGAAAGGGGUGUGGAUUUCCAUCCUCCUCCUAACAAGUUAGCCCGCUUCCAUCUUAGAUUGCAUCAUAACUUACCAUCAGGUGAGAUUGCAGUCAAGGGCUUUACAGAAUUUAAGGAUGUAAAGAGUAAAAAAAAAUCCUUUAUAAAUUGAAGUAAGUCUGGCUAUAGCAGGCUAUCGUUCUAUCAUGUAAUUGCAUAUUAAUUAUUGCAUAAUUAGUAUUAGCGUUACAAACACCCAUUAAACAUCAGUUCAAUCAUUAAAAGCUUAAUGACCUUGGUUUAAUGAAAUUUAUUUGAAUAUGUAGAAUACGGCGUAAUAUUUAUGAACAUACAUAAUAUUUCUCUUUCAUAAUGAUAUUUUCACUCUCUCACUCAAAAUUUUAAUUAACUUUAUUCAAUUAGAUUGAUUUCAUAAAAACGAUAAAAACUGAAAUAAGAUAGUGAUUUGAAACAUCAUAAUAAUAUCUUGUGUUUUUUUCCUUUUAGUUCACUAAAGCAAUAUUACCAUACAUUUUACAUUAAACAAUAAUUAUAAUGUGGUAUUAAUGUAUCUAUUCAUAAUUUUCCUACCAAAAAAUCACUAAAUCCAUAAAAAAUAUUCAUGCCUAUUUUGGUCUUGUCGUGAUAAUAUAAUCGAAAACAUAAUAAUUAUUGAUAAAUUAGCUAUUUCUAACAAUAUUUUAUUGGUUAACAAAUAUAUUACAUAAUUAGAAUUUUUUUUUUCAUCUUUUAUCUUAAACGAUUUGUCAUAAAAGUCUUUCUAGUCAAUGAGUCAAAAAUAUUCGUCGCACUUUAAAAUGCAUGUUAAAACACACACAUUUUUUUUUAAUUGUUAUUAUUUUGCCUAUUAUUAUUUGUAACUUUUGUAUUUUUUUAUAGUUUUAAUAAUAAAUACUAAGUCAAUGUAUGUGUUUAAUUUACAAAUUGUACCUCGAUUAUUAAAAAAAAGAAUUUUCAAAAUCGGUCCACAAAUGACGGAAUUAUCGCUGGACAUACAUAAAAAAAAAAAAAAAAAAACAUACAUACAGCCGAACGUAGAACCUCCUCCUUUUUGGAAGU